AUGAAGUACUUCCAGUGCCCCGUGACUCACCAGACCAGAGGAAACAAGGCCUACACCAGCAGGAGUGUGGGGUCCCACUCUGAGAGCUCUAAAACUCUGAAGCAAAUCCGCAGUGUGCACUUCCCCAAUGGUAUUUUCCAGGACUAUGUUCGCCACGGAGAGCUGGAGAGGAUUGGACUUUUCAUGCGAGCCAGAAGAGUCAGUCUGGACACCAUCUACUCUGCAGGCAUGGCCGCGAUGCAUGAGGCCGUCCUGACGGGGAACCUGGAGUGUGUGAAGCUGCUGGUGAAGCACGGAGCAGAUAUCCACCAGCGGGACGAGGAGGGCUGGACCCCCCUACACAUGGCCUGCAGCGACGGCUUCCCACACAUUGCACGCUACCUUCUCUCGAUGGGGGCCGAGACAGAGCUGGUGAACGAAUGCGGGGAGAAGCCGGCAGACCUCAUCGAGCGGGACAACAAGGAGCUGCUGGAGCUCUUCUGCCUGGCUGUCAAUGACUGAGAACACGUGGCUUUAAAGACACACACUCCUCUGGAAUCUACUGUCCAGGCACUGUCCUGCAGGGAUGGAUAGAACACGUGACGUCAGUGCAGCACACUGGUGUUGAGCGCUGACUCAGCUCUGGAGGUCAAAGACUGGAUGUGAGGCAGAGGAUGGGCUGGUGGCUGGGGAGGGGACUUUAGCUGGUGGGGGGGGCUGCCCCCUGUCUCCUCCAGCAGCACAGAGAUCCUGUAAGAGCUUCCCGUCGUUUUAUACCAUAAUGAACUCGAUUCAUUUUUUGUGUGUUUUGUUUCUGACACUUGAAUUAGGGUUUUUGAAUGAAAUAGUUACAUUGUCAGCUCAUUAGCACUCCGAAAGCUAACAUUAGCUUAUGUUGACUGCCUCUAGAAUGUGGUAAUCCAAUUUCUAAACCCAGUGACUUGUUCCUUAUGGUCACUUUCAGACUUAGCCGUAUUGAUUAGUAGUUGUUUGCACUGUAAAUGAGUUUUUUAUACUUUUUAAAAUACAUUUUAUCAAAAAAGUG